AUGUUAUCCAGUUAUAUUUCACUCACAUAUAUUUUACUCUUCACAUCGGUAGUGUCCGCCCUACCUGUCUUUCACAACAAAAAGAUUGUCACAAGAGUACAUACAGCCAGUACCACUAAUACUGUCACAGAUUUUUACUCUACUACCACCGAAGUUGUUGUUGCUCCAACUGUUGAAUUCAUUGUCAGCGAUGCUGUCACUUUCACUACUACAUUAUACCCAGAAGGUGUCGAUACUACUGUCGAGCCAAGCACAACUAUUACCAUCAUGCAAAAUAACGUCAACCCAACCUUCAUUACUGCUCCUGCUUCUUCUUCCUCUGUAGUUGACCCUCCAGCCGCUACUUCUUCUUCCAUCACUACUUUAGAACCAGCAACUACUUCCUCAGUUGUUAUUCCAGUUACCUCUUCCACUACUACCCUGGAACCAUCUUCUCCUUAUGUCCCAGAAACCACUACUUCUUCUUCUAUCUACACUGCCCCAACUAAAGUCGUUGCAGUUACGGUUGCCUCUGAAGGUAAGACUACAACUAGAAUGGUUCCCGUACUAACAGAUGUUGUCAACAAUGAACAUAUCGAAGGUUCUGCUCCAGCUACUACUAACCAAGCCGUUUUCUCUACAACUACUAGUGUUGAUGUCGAACAAUCCACCACUUCUAAUAUUGCUUCUGCUACUUCCACUUACAAUUCCAACUCUUUACUAUCAAAGAUCCCAGUCACUUUAGUCUAUUCUCCAUAUAACGAUGACGGUUCUUGUAAAUCUGCUACAGACGUCUACACUGAUUUGUCUAUUAUCAAGGCUAGAGGUGUCAACAAGAUCCGUGUUUACGGUACUGAUUGUAAUUCUUUCGAAAAUGUCUUACCAGUUUGUGCUCAAUUCGGUAUGACAGUCAACCAAGGUCUAUGGAUCAGUUCUGCUGGUGUCGAUUCCAUUGAUGAUGCCUUAAACCAAUUAAUCAGUUACGGUCAAACCAGCGGCUGGAGUGUCUUUGAUUUUAUUACUGUUGGUAACGAAGCUGUCAUUUCCGGCUACUGUUCAGCUGCUGAUUUAAUUUCCAAGAUUGCUUCUGUCAAGGGUCAAUUACAAGCUGCUGGGUAUUCAGGUCAAAUCACUACUUCCGAACCACCUGUUUCAUACGAAAACAAUCCAGAAUUAUGUACAGAUUCUGCCAUUGAUUUCGUUGGUAUCAACCCUCAUUCUUACUUCGACACCUAUUCUACCGCUGAGACUUCUGGUUCUUUUGUCCUAGGCCAAGUUCAAUUGAUCCAAAAGACAUGUGGUACUUCUAACGUUGUGGUCACUGAAACUGGUUACCCAUCUUCUGGUAUUCAAAACGGUGGUAACAUUCCAUCAAAAGCUAACCAAUUGAUUGCUGUUCAAUCUAUAUUAGAUACUGUUGGUACUGAUGUUACAAUUCUAACUUAUACCAACGAUUACUGGAAGAACCCAGGUCCAUAUGGUAUUGAACAAUCAUUUGGUAUUGUUGACAUCCUACCAUAA